AUGGAGAAACAGUUUACCUGCUUGAUUGUUGGUGAUACUCCAUCUACUCAAUUCUUAGGCUGGCGUUUGUCUCUAGGUAAUGCUUUCAUUAUUCUAGUGUCACAAUACGUCUCCUUGGAUGGGUUAGUCUCUUGGAAAUCAAAUAGAUUGGGGGCUAAUUUUUACACACCAAAUGUCUUCACUAAAAACGUCAGUGAAUUAAAUGAAAAGUUAUUAAUUAACGAUGAAUUGAAAUAUAAUAUAAACUUGAUGAUCAUUUCUGCUAUCUCUUUACAAUCAUUAGAAGAUAAUUGCAAAAAUUUAACUCCUUUUAUUAAUGAGUCCACCACUAUUUUAAUUAGUUGUGAUUUCGGUGUCGAAUUAGAAUUUAUUGCAUUGAAAUACUUUAAAUCAAAUUGUAAAUGUGUUUUAUCCAUUUGUUGCAAUUUGGAAUGUAGACAGUUAUCUUUGGGAUCAUAUGCUUUAGUCAAUGAUGACAAUUGUUCAAUUUCAAUAGGUUUAACAUAUUCAAAUUUUGGUUGCACCAAUACUAAUAAUGAUGAUACUCUAGAUAAUUCAAUAGAUCUUUAUUUAACAAAUAUUGAAAAAGUCAAAUUAGAGUUGGCAAAUAGAUCAAAUUCAAAUAUAUGGAAUAUGUUAAAAUUUUUAGAAAAUACAAAAUGGAUUUCGAUUCAAGUGUUUGAAGAUUCAAAAUUAAUGUCAGUGAAUUUGUGGAAAUUUAUAAUCCCAAAAGUAUCUUUAAACAUUCUAUCUAUUAUUUAUGAACAAUUUGAUUACGAUUUAUUGCUACAAACACAAUCAACUGAAAUUAUAUUCAAAGAUCUAGUACACGAAUUAAUGAACAUUGCCUUCAUUCAAACCCAAUCGAUGAUUGAACCAUUUUGUAAUAGCUCGACAAAAAAAAUUAACUUCAAUGAAAUUAUUGACGUCUGUAAAAGGAAAAGGGAUGAUCUCUUAAAUACUACUUCAACUGAGUAUCCAGAAUAUCUAUCCCUACCAUUUGAAACUUAUUGUUUCUAUCAUAAAUUUGAAUUUCCAGCACAUAUCUUAUUAUACCAACCGUUACUGCUUUCAAAAAAAUAUAAGACCCAAUCCUCAAAUUUAAAUUUUUUAUUUGGUUUCUACUCAAGAUUGCUAUCUAUUAAUGGUUUAUCCAUAUACGGUGGCCUAAGUGAAAGAAAAUCGACUUUACUCUUUGCCAAUGAAAAAACAAUCUCACUGACGCCAACGACACAGAACUUAGAAAGAAAGGGAUCAGAUAUAGAUACAACAAAGGAUAGGUCAAAAAAGGAUUCUGACAAGAAGAAGAAGAAAAAGAAGAAGAAGAAGAAAGAUAGAUCAACUUCUAAUAAUAAAAAGAAAAAGAAGAACAGAUCCAAUUCCAAAAUUAGCAUUCAUUCAACGUCAAGUAUCUCUAGGUCAAAUAAUAAAACUUUAGAUGUCCUGGAUGAUAUCUCCUUUGAAAAUAUAAAAAGAGAUUAUUAUUUUAACAAAUCCAGUCCAGUAAAUUAUUUGAAUCAAAAUGACACUAAUUUGAUAUUUUCUCCAGGUUUGGAAGAUCUGUACUUAAAUUCACCAUACUUACCUGUCAUUGAUCAAUCUGUCAAUAAAUCUGCAGAAAUUCAGUCAAAGAAACAAAUUUCAGGAAUUUUAGAAGGCUAUUCUACUGAUGCAAGUUCAGAAUUGGAAUCAAGUUCAAGUGGAGCCUCUGACACUUACAGUGACAGUAGCAGCAAAAAAAGCUACCCGAAAAAACGAUAUUCAAACUCAGCAGGAAUUGAAGACUUGGAUGGAUAUUUUGAAUAUGAUCAAGAUUGGUGCAGUUUUAAUGAUAAGCAUGUAAAUGGUUCUAAGACAAGUAGAAAUUAUCCAGAUAGUGAUGCAAACUUUAGUGUGUUUGAUAUACCAAAUUUUGUGAAGAAGUUUGCUACAAAAAAUUGCUUCAAUCCAAUAUUAUCGUUAACUAGGAAGAAAAAACAUGUUACUGAGGACAUUAGACCCUACACAACUUCUAGUUUAGAAUUUCAAGUAAGAAAUAAUUAUGAUUUGAUUUCUAAAGAGUAUUAUUCAUUAAGAGAACAAAUUUCGAAUUUAAAUAUUCAACCAAAUCAAGAGGUAAGAGACCAACGAAGAAAAAGAUACAUUCAACUAGAAUUAAAACUAUGGAAAUUACAACGUCGCUUUAAUAUCUAUAGAGGGACUGUUAAAAGAAAUCAGACAGGACCAUAUGAUGAUUUAUUGGACCAUAUUGAAAUUUUAAAUAGGGGUAAUACAGGAGAUAUAUUAAGAUGGACUACCAGUAGGUAUGGUGAGGUUGAUUCUUAUUAUUCUAUACAAAAUGACAGAGUUGAAAUAAUGGCAAUGUUUCAAAAAAGAAUGAAUAAUUAUCAAAACAAUAAAAAGCAAAUAAAAUCAGGUAAUUGA